CCGAACUUGAUGAGAACAGUAUGUGUACUUUCUUGUUAUAAUUUUGAUAAAAUAUAAUACGUAACACGUUCGUAAUUUUGGAGUAGUUACUAUACAGUAAAUGUUAUGUGAAAAUGAACUUAAUAACGAAAUUUUAAAUAAUUUUUAUGAUUGGUGCGAUAAUUGUGUUGUAGUGAAAAUGAAUGGUAAAAUGCAUAGCGAAACCGGCGCUUUCUCAUCUGAUGGCAUGCGCGCCGAAAUAUUGAACCCUUUCGUUCAUAAAUUGGAAUUAGAUAACACAUACGACAAAAUAAAGACGGCGAUCUUCACAGUGAUAUUGCUGCCGUUCAGGGUAAUUGUGAUUUUAUACCUGAUCGUGACCGCUUGGUUCCUCGCCUGCAUCGGACUGUACGGUCUCAGCGAGGAAGACCUGAGGAAGAAACCUAUGACAGGAUGGAGAAGCAAGCUGCGGUUCUAUAUAUUGUCGCUGAUGCGGCUGGUGGUGGUCGCGGCGGGCUUCCACCGGGUGCGCGUGGUGGGUCGCGACCUUGCGGCGGACAGCUCGCGGGACGCGCCCGUCAUCGUCAUCGCCCCACACUCCUCCUUCUUCGACGCCAUUGCGAUCGUCUGUCUGGGGGCGCCGAGCGUCGUCGCCAAGGCUGAUACUGCGAGACUGCCUUUUAUCGGACAAUUGAUCAAUUAUACUCAGCCGGUGUACGUGUGGCGUGAUGAUCCAAACUCCCGUCAGAACACAAUUAAAGAGAUUAUCGAGAGAGCUACAUCCAAGGAGGACUGGCCACAGGUGCUGAUAUUCCCGGAAGGCACGUGCACGAACCGGUCCUGUUUGAUCACAUUCAAGCCGGGCGGAUUUUACCCUGGUGUGCCCGUGCAGCCUGUCACUAUCCGCUACCCCAAUGCCCGGGACACCGUCACUUGGACCUGGGAAGGUCCCGGCGCAUUGAAGUUACUAUGGCUGACGCUAACUCAAGUGCAUAGCUCGUGUGAGAUAGAGUUCCUACCAGUCUACUACCCCAAUGAAGCGGAGAAGAAAGACCCCAAGUUAUAUGCGAGGAACGUUCGAGAUGUUAUGGCGAGAGCUUUAGGUGUGCCAGUGCUGGAUUACACAUAUGAUGACUGCCGGCUGAUUGCUCGCGCCAAGCAGCUGCACAUACCUGGCGGGGCCUCUGCCAGGGAGGUUGGUGAGGCAAGACACCAGCUGGGGUUGGACCGUAGUGGGGUGGAGAUGGGGUGGUGCAGCACGAGCUCACGUUGGGUGACUCGUGAGCAGUUCGGUGAGCGGCUCGGCGUGCCCGACCACCCCGCGUUACACAAACUCUUUGAUAUAUUUGUACAGAGGUCCAACGGGAUGGUCUACUUCCCAGACUAUUUGUUGUGCGCGUGUUUCCUCGCAUCGCAGCACUCGCCGCUCACAGAACUCAUCUCCUACGCCUUUAAGUUGUACGACAGUUCGGGCAGCGGUCGUGUGCAGAAGACAGACUUCGAAGAAAUAGCCACUAAAUGUCUGGGUCUGAGUCUCGAAGACGCACACGAUGUCUUCCACCAGGCUGACGUCGAGGAGAAGGGAUAUUUGACUUAUGAGGAGUUCAUAUCUUUCGCUCAGAAGCGAUCAGAUUUCGCUUUCAUUUUCUUGAGCGAUACUUCGCACAAGCCAAAGUCGCAGUGAGUAACGACUCACAUACCUACCGUCUGCAGACAAGUGCCCUGAACAUGAUAAUGUACCAUAAGUGUGCAAGUAUAGCCCAAGUGUGUCCCAUGCGUGCAAAUAUGGCACCAGUGUGUCGCAAGUGUGCAAAUUUGGCACAAGUGUGUCCCAAGUGUGCAAAUAUGGUACAAGUGUGUCCCAAGUGUGCAAAUGUUGCACCAGUGUGUCGCAAGUGUGCAAAUAUGCUACAAGUGUAGUACAAAUGUAUUAUACGACGGUUUAUGAUUUUUAAUUGUGCUUUAUUUGUGACGUAAGUGUGUAACAAAUACGUAUAUUACCAGGUA